GUCCCCGAAAGAGGGGAGACGCGCAACUUCGGACAAACUCCUUGGAGUUUUACAAAAACUGCAUUUUAAAAAACUUCUCUCGACCCCCAAGGUGAAAAAGGCGCUUUGCAAACACUAAAGUGGGUGAAAAGUCGACCAUUAGGUGUGUGACUAUCCACACACACAGCGGCAUCUGCUGCGGCGGUGAUGGAGCCCGAGGAGGAGGCAGUGCCGCAAGAGCCGAGGCGGACAGGUGGUGCUGCGCUGCUGCUGCUGCUGGACUACACAGCUGCCUGUUGUCAUGGAGGAGCAAAGAUGGCGGUCCUGGCCUAUAGCCUGGGCAAACGCGAAAUAAACCAACAUUUCACCGUCAGAAACGCCAAACUGAUCUCGCUGGCGGCGGUUCUUGUGCUGCUCCUCUUCCACACGGCUUUGCGGUAUUACGGAGGCGGAGACUCGUGUGAAUGGCUGCUGUCCAGAGGACGCUACUUGGGGGAGAAUGUAUGGCAGCCUUAUGGCUGUAUGAUGCACAAAUACAAAAGCAUUGAAGCCAAAACAUGCCUUUCCAAGAAACGGGUGGUCUUUACCGGUGACUCACGCAUCAGGCAGCUCUUUUAUUCCUUUGUGAAAAUUGUCGACCCAGAGCGGACUGAGGAGGGAAAUAAGCAUGAGGACAUCUUCUUUCAAGAUGAGAAGUCCUCUCUUAAUGUGGACUUUCUUUGGUAUCCAGAGGCAAACGACUCGAUGAAGGAACGCUUGAUGUCAUGGACACAUGAAGCUUCAGCGACGCCAGAUGUAGUCAUCAUCGGAGCAGCAACAUGGUCCAUCAAGUUGCACAGCGCCAGCAGCCAAGCCCUGCAGCAGUACAAAGUCAACCUGACAGCCAUUGCUGGGCUUCUGGAUAGACUGGCUGAGCAUGCGGAGGUCUACUGGGUCCUGCAAGAUCCGGUUAAUGAGGAGAUGUUGAGUGAGAGCAGGAAGAUGAUCACCAACCAUCAGCUUGACCUGUACAACGAAGCAGCGAUGGAGGUGCUUCGCGGCAGUGGGCGGUCUCGGGUCAAGCUGCUGGCAGCGGCCCGUCAGGCGGCUCUGGAGACCAUCGUAAACUCAGACGAUGGUUUACACCUGCCAGAAAGCACCAGGAAUGUGGGAGCCAUGGUUCUCAUGAACUCGCUGUGCAACAAGGUACUGAGGCCCAUCGACGGCUCCUGCUGCCAGGCGAUGCCCCCCCCAAACCUGUUCCAGAAACUGUCGGCCUGUCUGUUCCUGGGCGCAGCCGUCGUCUACGCGGUCCUCCAUGUCCUCGGCUACAACCGGCAUCGCCGACCCGUCCCCACCGACGUGGAGAGCCUCGAGGAGAAGAAGCCCGCCGCUGCGGCCGCCCCCCUCGGACCCAAGGCUCCUUUCCAGGCCCUCUGCAGGAUGGGCAUCAUCAUGUUGUACUUCUACCUGUGCGACCGAGCAGACGUGUUCAUGAAGGAGCAGAAGUUCUACACGCACUCAACGUUCUUCAUCCCUCUCAUCUAUAUACUGGUGCUGGGGGUGUUUUACAGCGAGAACAGCAAGGAGGCUAAGUUACUCAACAGAGAGCAAACAGACGAAUGGAAAGGCUGGAUGCAGCUCGUCAUCCUUAUCUAUCACAUCUCUGGAGCCAGUGCCUUUGUUCCUGUGUACAUGCAUGUGCGGGUGUUGGUGGCUGCAUACCUCUUUCAGACUGGUUAUGGACACUUUUCCUUUUUCUGGCUCAAAGGAGACUUUGGACUUUAUAGAGUGUGUCAGGUGUUGUUCCGGCUGAACUUCCUUGUGGUGGUGCUUUGUAUUGUCAUGGACAGACCGUACCAGUUCUAUUACUUUGUCCCCCUGGUGACGUUCUGGUUUGUCAUCAUCUACGCCACCAUGGCCAUGUGGCCUCAGAUCCUCCAAAAGAGGACCAACAGCAGCGGUAUCUGGCAUCUCGGAGUUCUGGCGAAGUUACUGGGCCUUUUGCUGUUUAUCUGCGUCUUAGCCGUCUCACAGAGUUUCUUCGAGGGCGUCUUGUCAGUGUGGCCCAUCUCCAAGCUUUUCGAGCUGGACGGAAGCAUCCACGAGUGGUGGUUCAGAUGGAAGCUGGACCGAUUUGCUGUGAUUCACGGCAUGGCGUUUGCCUUCAUCUACCUGCUGCUGCAGAAGCGUCAGGUGUUGUUCGAGGGCAAAGGAGAGGCUCUCUUCCCUGCAAAGAUUUCCAACCUGCUCCUGUUCCUCUCCGUCGUUUCCUUCAUAACUUACUCGAUAUGGGCGAGCAACUGCAAAACCAAAACGGAGUGCAACGAGAUGCACCCUUACAUCUCGGUGGUCCAGAUUUUGGCCUUCAUUCUUAUCCGGAACAUUCCUGGCUAUGCGCGCUCCGUGUACAGCUCAUUCUUCUCUUGGUUCGGAAAGAUCUCCCUGGAGCUGUUCAUAUGCCAGUACCACAUCUGGCUGGCAGCAGACACCAAAGGAAUCCUGGUCCUGAUCCCAGGGAACCCUACGCUCAACAUCAUGGUCAGCACCUUCAUCUUCGUUUGCGUGGCUCAUGAGAUUUCGCUCAUCACCAACGACCUGGCUCAGGUGGUCAUCCCCAAAGACAGCAUGGCCCUCCUGAGGAAACUGGGGGCUCUGGGGGUCUUGACUUUAAUCCUGCUGGUGCUGAGCAGAAGUAACCAGCUCACGGCCGGAGCUUGAAGGAUACCGGACACGGGCGAGUCAACAGGUCAAACUCUGGAUUUAUUUAUUUUCUUUUUUUUCACGGUACCGGCGGCCACACGAGGAGACAAGUCGGAGUACUUCUGUAAAAUAAGAAAGCUCGGCAAGAGGAAUAUUUAAAAAGGACAAAAAAAACACUGAAAUGUUUACAUUACCUGCUUUGUAGACCCGAAACCACUUAACCUGGGCUCAGGACUUCAUGCUAGCUGUGAACCGCGCAGCAUUCCUCCCGCCUAGCCAAACACGUUUACUAUGAAGUUUGUUUCCUCGCUCCUCUGAGGAUGUCUCCGUCCACACGGCAGCAGCGUCACCACUACAUCCGUACACCUUCUGCUUUACCAACACUCUGGACCGCGCACCAUCUUUUCUUUGGCGUCUGGGUUGCUCCACUGCUUCAAAAACUAUCAAAGCUAAAGUAAAAAAUUUAGCAGUGCAAUUGUUAAAAUGUUUUUUUUUGUUUUUGUUUUUUCUCGUUCCCCUUUCGAAGCGAUGUUUGAGUUUACUGCGUUUGCAGAGCGGCGCCGCGGUCACCUGCUGUAGCUCAGAAACCACAUGUGACAUGUACAGUAUUUAAUGACUUAAAUUAAGCUUCUAUUUUAUACAGUUUGGGCCUUGUUUUUGUACUUUGCGUCCAUAACUGCUGUUUGUGAAGUGUGGCAUAGAGAAUUUUGUACCCCCAUCCAAACUAUCCCGUAGACAAGGUUGAGCCUUCCGGUCCGGUAGUCGUGUGUAAAUAGUUGUAUAUUUGUACGAUUGGACAGAUUUAUUUUGUACAGCUGCUUUUUGUCUCUUGUUCUUACUUUUAAAAAACAUGCCUCAUAAUAGCUGUGGUGGAAAAUGCACCAUGUUGCACAUAUUUGCUCUACCAUAGAAGAUAAAAGUCCUCCCUCAGCCUGUGAGCGAAAAUAUCUUUUAUUUUAUUAUUAUUAUUUAUGUGUAGGUGAAGGCUUCUGUUUUUUUUUUUUUUUUUGGUUUCCUCCAGAGUUCUGCAUACGGUACACGUUCAGGCACCUGAAAUCAGAGCCACUUCAGCAUUAAAGAAAAAAAAAAAAACUUUGUAAUGCACUGACAGAGCCAAGAGGACACGUUACUGAUGCAUACGUGAAAAUAUUUUUUAACACGUCUCUGUUGCUUGGUAAUUGUCCCUUUUGCCAGUUUAUGUUCAACUGAGAGGGAGCACUUUCAUUGUUAAACCUGCGUUUUAUUUUCUGCCUUCGUCUUUAAGAUGAAAUCCAGAGUUUAGCACAUCUAUUUUUUUUUUUUUUUUAACCCGUGUAUAUCUCUGCUUAUAGAAAACGAUAAUUCUAUUAAAUCGGUGUUGCAUAUGAAUUGUUGAGCUGCACAUUGCGUCUACCUUUUGGGUAGUAAAACGUUGGGCGUCAAUCAUUUUCUAUUUAUGUGGGGGGGGGGGUUGUUGUUCCUUUUUCAAAGGAAAAUGAGGGGGGAACGUUUUGUUUUUGUUAGAACACAAUCUGCAGCUUUUUUUAAGGUUGGGCCCAGGUUUCCGCCCCCCCCCCAAACUGAAACAGAACCAGGUCCACCUGCAAUUUCUUCUUAAGUCAGAACCCGGUUAUAUAAAUAUAACGCGUGGUACAUGUAUUUACCGAGCUUUUCCCCUCGUCUUUUUAAUCGAGCAGCAGCAAAGUGGUGAACGGGGGGCCGUUGUUUCACGCCUUAACUGAUCUGUGGGAUCGUGUAAAAGCAACAAACAUUACUCCCUUUUUUUUUUAAAGGGCCUCCUCAAAUAUUACAUGUUUUAGUGUUCUGUGUGUGGUGUCUGACAAAGUGUGGAACAGUCUUCAUAUUUAUAAAUGCCUUUAUUCUGUUGUACAUUGUUUAAUAAAAAAUAAAAUACA